AUGGGUUGGUUUAGCAGCAGCAAGAACAAGGACAAGACCAGAUCGUCGUCGUCGCGGUGGAACGUCUUUGACCCGCCGACGGCCAUCACCAGCAUCACCAGAAUCACCACCAACGGCUGCCAACACAACAACCACCACACUCCCCUACGCAAACCACCAACCGAGCCCAAUACCACCACCAACCGCCCCCGGCCCCGGCCCAGCAGGGUCCGCUGGGCCGACUCCGUCGUCGACCAGGCCGACGGCCGCCCCGUCCGGGACGCUUACGGCGCCGUCGCCGCGCGCCUCGACGACGCCAUCGCCCGCAUCGACCGCGAGCAAGCCGCCUCCGCCACCCACGCAGCCGCCAACCACCACCACCACCACCGCCGCCGCCCCUCCAAGAGUCAGCCGCCAGAAGUCGCCGUCACCGCCAUCGAAAGGCGCGCUCCCGGCACCGGAGGUUUCGCCAAGGCCAUGGUCGUCGAGGCCGUGCCCGCCCCCGCCCCCGACCGUCGCCGCGGGGCCACGGUCAUCGUCGUCGCCAUCCGCGGCAGCACCGCCUCCUUCACCGACUGGGCCGUCAACCUCGCCUCCGCGCCCUCCUCCCCGGGUGGCCUCCUCGACGACGCGGGCAACCUGUGCCACGCGGGCUUCCUGUCCGUCGCGCGCGCCACCGUCCGCCCGCUCGCCGCGCGCCUGCGCCGCCUCCUGCCCCGCGGCGAGCGCGGCGAGCGCGGCGAGCGCGGCGAGGAGAGAGACACGAGCUUGUUGUUGACGGGACACUCGGCGGGGGGCGCGGUGGCGGCGCUGCUGCACGCGCACAUGCACGCGGCGACGGCGAGGAGCGAGCUGGGCGCGCUGAGGGCGCGGUUUCGGCGUGUGCACUGCGUCACGUUUGGCGCGCCCCCGGUGAGUCUGCUGCCGCUGCGGACGAGGGAGAGGGGAAGGGGGUUGUUCCUGGCGUGUGUGAACGAGGGCGAUCCGGUGGCGCGCGCGGACGCGGCGUAUGUGAGGAGUCUGCUGGAGUUGCUGACGAGUCCGUCGCCGGGGGAGGAGGAGGAGGAGGAGGAGGAGGAGCUGCUGUACGGGAAGAGCGGCGGCGGAAGGCGGCGGGGACGGGAGGCGGCGCCGCGCUGGCCGGUGCCAAUGUGCACGCUGAGCAACGCAGGGCGCGUGGUGGUGCUGCGCAGUGGUGGUGGUGGUGGUGGGAAGGGGGAGCGUUCGGUGGAGGAGAGGCUGGCCGAGGGCGUGUCUGCGGUGACGUGCGAGGAGGAGGCCCUACGAGGGGUUAUAUGGGGAGACCCGGUGGCGCACACGAUGAGCCUGUACAAGGGCAGGAUCGAGGCGCUGGCGAUGGCGGCGGUUAUGGGACAGACGCAAGGUCGGGGGGGUGAAGAGGCGGGGGGUUGA